AUGGAGGAAAUACAAGCCGACGUCAAUACCCUUAGGAAGAAGCUCGCCCUGGUAGACCAACCGAGCUUGACGACGCUCAAGAGCAAGGACGACAGCAGCGGCAUCAGAACCUGGGCGCAGGACGCAAUGCGGGACAUUACGAACAAGGGCAACGAGGUGAAACGGACGUGCGCUUCCACACGCAUCACCACCACUACUGGAUACGCCCAGACCAUGUCAACAUCCCACCCCAAACCAGAUUACGGCUCACAGACAGGUCUUCAACAGAGGCGCAAAGCGAACCGCACGAUUCAGAAACUUCGAGGCUUAGGAACAACGCCAGGCGCCCUGGAGAUUUCCCAGGAGAAUCGUGGUCGGAGUACUUGGCCGAGAUCGGGGUCUGCAACAGAGACUCGAGCAAUCGAUACUAUAUCGAGAAACCAGGAGCUUACAGAGCGGUACCCAGAACUGCCCCCCGAGACUUGUGUUUCCAACAAAGAGCCAGAACCGACGUCAGAGGUGCCCGCGGCUAGUCUCCAGUGCAGCAGUCUGUCCACAUCAACUUCUACGAUGGAGUUGGGCGACAUGGGGAACACGACAGCGGCAGACACCCUCCAGGAGGACAAGACCUGCAAGAGCCCGGAAUACCUUCUCAGACAGAGGCUGGAACACGGCACAGAAGCCAACAAUCAGACAAUGGACCUGGCAGUGCACGUGCCAGGCAGCUUUCCCACUCGUCUCAGCGCCGAAGACGGCAUCGCAGAUCCUUCCAGUAACGGAUAUGGUAAAGACGGCAGACGAGGAUUAUGGGAUGCUAUUAAGGAGGUCUCGAAUGCGGUGAAGGGGUGUUGCAUAUGGGUUUUGAAACUGUACUGGCGAACAGUGCAGCCUGUCUUUGAUUCAAGAUCGGAGUACUGGGAGCGGACUGGCCAGGCUAACAACUGGAGGGACUUGGCAAGAUUUGCUCUUGCGUUUCCCUUGAUAUUCAGCAUGGUGGUGCUCAUGGUGUGGAUUAUGGAGUUCACGACUAUCAUGAAGCGCUGCAUGAAUGAGUACGAGGACGAGAGAAUGGAAUGUUUGGUUGUUGGAACGUUGGCCAUGUUUCGGCGGAGCCUAACCGGAGUGUAA